GCUGCCUGUACUGCAUCGGACAGGACGAGAAGUGAGAGGAAAAAGAGGAGGAGAGGAAAAUCAGAAAGCGGAGCUGGUGAAGGAACGAGAGGAGCAGACGGAAAGAGUGAGGCAGAGAAAGUGAGUGUCACAGACAGACACCAGAGGAGAAGGGUAUAUCUGUACUUGACGUCACACAUGAAGUGGACUCUAAAACAGCCUGAUGGCUCAGCUGUGCGCAAAUACCACGUGGUGACGCUUCCUGAGCAAGUCCCGGUGAUGUUGGACCGCCGCUCCCCAACUGCUCCGGAGUUCACUCGACAAGUCGGCCGCCCCGUCCGUGUUGUUACGGUAUAAAUCUCCGGUGCCGUGUGUUUCAAUGACGCGCUGAUGCAACAGUAGCCAAGAGGAGGAGAGCGGUGAAAUAACCAGGAGUUCUUCGGAGGGAAGUACGUAGGACCAUCUGGAAUGGUUUAAGCUGAACGAGGGACACUCGGCUCUACCUGGAGCUUCCUGGGGCCUGAUCACUAUGAGGGAGCGGAGCUUUAGAAGAUCAAUAACACAACAAGUAUGAAUGCUGAUGAGCCUGACGAAGGCCUACUGGACUUGACAACAUCAAAAGAAGGAGAAGCCAGUCGAUAGGACAAAAGGACACAUAUGAGGCGAGACAAUAUAAUAUAUAAUAAGGAAGAAGGUUAGAUGGGUGAGAUGAGAAGUGAAGUCAAGUUUGGGAGUGACGGGAGGCAGCGAUGAAAUAGCUUACAUAUUUAGAAAAAGAAGAGAGACGGAAGAUACGCGCCGUCAGUGUUGGGAGAUCGGCAGAAAUAAGCGGUAGUCGCCAUGUUCAUGAACUUCCGUCGCAUCCGCAAGUGCCAGUGCAUGCAGCUGCUGACCACAGGUCUGGUUCUGUGUGUGGUGAUGGUCUGCUGGGAGGAGCUGGACCACCAUGUGGUCAGCCACAUGAGAUCCUACACCUACCGCUACCUGGUCAACAGCUACGACUUUCUCAAUUCCUCCUACGCCCUCAGCUCCAGCCGUCACAACAAGGACGGUUAUUAUGAUGUGGACAGUGGGUUGGGGAACUAUCCGUACCUCAUGAACCACCCGGGCAAAUGUGGAGGUGGCGGCGGAGACGGGAAAAGCCGGGAUGAUGUCCUCCUGCUGCUUUUUGUAAAAUCCUCGCCGGAGAACUUUGAGCGCCGGCAGGCCAUCAGGGACACGUGGGGCAACGAGAGCUUCGUUUGGUCCGAACUGGGGGCGAGCGUGAGGCUGGUGUUUGCCCUCGGCGUGCACCCGGACGUCGGGUGGAGAUCCAGGGUGCAGAGUGCGCUGCUGCAGGAGGACCAGGCCUACGGCGACCUGAUCCAGCAGAACUUCUUGGACACCUUCCACAACCUGACUUCCAAACUGAUCCUGCAGUUCCGCUGGGGCUACAAGUACUGCCGUCAGGCACGCUUCCUCAUGUCUGCGGAUGAUGACAUCUUCGUCCACAUGCCAAAUUUGGUGAAGUACCUGCAGGAGCUCCUGCAUAGUCAAUCAAUGGCCAAAGACCUGUGGGUGGGACAUGUGCACAGAGGAGCCCCUCCAGUUCGCCGUAAAGAGAGCAAAUACCACGUUCCCCAUGAUCUGUACCCCUGGCCCGCCUACCCAGACUACACUGCUGGAGCGGGCUAUGUGGUCUCAGCGGAUGUGGCCGCCAAGAUCUACCUUGCAACUCUGUUGCUGAACUCCUCCAUGUACAUCGAUGACGUCUUCAUGGGGAUUUGUGCUAAGACCAUGGGGGUCUCUCCCCAGGAGCAUGUCUACUUUUCAGGGGAGGGCAAGACUCCGUACCACCCUUGCAUCUAUAAUCACAUGAUCACGUCACACGGCCACGCCACGGAUGUGCGCUCACUAUGGCAGGCCGCAACAGACCCGACAGUCUCUGGUAACUCCCGAGGAUUGAUAAAUAAUAUUUACUGCACAUCAGUGAGAGUGGCGCUGCUGUGUCUGCCUUAUUACCAGAACACCUACUCCUGUAUGGCCGCUUUCACAUGAGUUGUCUUCAGGUGACGUACUGCUGGAUGCUGAAUGUACCACAAUAACAAAUGAUGCUACCUAAAUCAAACAGCCUGCCAUGGUUUUCCUCUUCCCCUGUUUGCUGGCUAUACUUGGUAUUUGCUCUCGUGUGAAUAAAGACGUAAGCGGUUCUGUUAAGCAAACCAAUGCACUUGGUUGUUCUUCAGUCAUCAACCGGAUUUUCACUUUGUUUAAGCUAGAGAGAAAAGAUUGGUUGAACAUGUCCCGCUUCUGUUUACAUGAAGGCUUUUUGUCUCUGUGUGCACACAUUCAGAGCUCCACACUGUUAUUCUCUUGGCAGCUUGUGAAAGGCUUCAGCCCCGUCUGAAAUAACAUCUAAACUAACUGUUACAUAUGAUGACGUCUGGUGUCUGAGGCAGUUGACAAAGAUUAAUGUUCUGCAUAUAUGUUCCAGUUUCUCAAUCUGAAUGCAAAAAUGUUCAAGUACAGUAAAUAUUUUAUUUUGUGGAUGUCAUUAAAGCUGUACCAAUUAGCUGAUUAAUCAAUUACUUAAUUAAAAGAGAGUUGCAACCACCUUGAUAAUUGAUCAUUUCUUUGUCAUAUUUCUGUAACACCCUGUUCUGUUUCUCCUGUGUUCUGUCUUCUCUGUCUUAAUUGUUUAAUUCCCUGCACCUGCCCUCAGCCACUCUUGUCUCGUUACUGUCUGAUGUUGCACACCUGUGUUUCCCCACCUUAUAUAUUCUCCCAGUCUUUGCUUUGUUCCCUGCCAGAUGGUUGUGUGUUUUGCCCCUCGUGUCAAUUCGCUCAUGACCAGUCUGGUUUUAAGUAAAAACAUUUGUUCCUCAAACCCAGAGUCCAACAGUUCUUCUGCACGUGAGCUUACCUGUGUGAACUUGUGACAGUUUCAAACAGAUGGCAACAAAUUUUGUUUUGUAAUUUGCUGAUAUUUAUAUGUUUACAUUCAAAGUGAAUAUCAUUUUUUAAUGUUUUGGACAAAACAAGACAUUUGAAGAUGUUACAGUGGACUCUAAGAUACUACAUUUUAUUGUUAUAGUACUUUGAAAUUUCACAGACCAAAACAAGGUGUUUAUCUAGUGAUAAUUUCAUUGGUAAUGGCAUGAAUCAUAAGUUUGAAUUGCAUAAUGCAAAUAGACACCGAAUGAAGAACAGAUGUGUUCUAUAUGAAAUGUUCUGCAUCAUGUGAUGUUAGCAUUGUCUUGUGUGCGGUGACUAACUGGUAGAUAUGCCGGUCUAUUCUUGGAUCCUUGAACUCUGCUGUGACUGACUCACUCUGAUCAGGCUGACGAGGUGCCUCAGACAUUUGUUAUUGAGACACCAGCCAGUAGGAAGAAAGCUGCAUCCGGCCAGACUGAGCUAAAUGAUGCCAGAUGAGUGAAUUGCCCUACGGUACAAGUCUGGUUAAUUAGCCUCAUUUACUUGUGUGCUGUUGCAUUGUACCUCUUUCCAUUGCCUCUGUAAGGGGCUUGUGACACCUGCACCCUUAGAUUUAAAGUUUUAGAGCUGUGGUUCCCAAGCUGGGGGUCAGGAAGGAUAAAUCAUAAAAGAAGAAAGACGAUAGCAUGGGUGUAAAAGAUAUGUAUCCUCUACAAAAUAAACAACAGAAGCUGGGACACCGGGUCUCAAGUUGACAUUGCUUUGUUUCAAGGUUGACAAGCCACUGCUUUGGAGUAGAUUAUAAGUCAAGCUGUUCUCUUGCACAUGAUUUAUAAUGCAGCACAAACAUGUAAACUAGGACAAGGUGGGCUGCACCAGUAGACAUGUAUUAAACUCACUCUGCCAUGCUUCACUAAUAUGAAGGUCCUCUAUCUAAAAGCAGAUUUCUGAUUUACUAUGCUAAAUUUGUAACAAGUAUGCCUUCCUAUCUUAGGAGAGAAUUCAUCCUGCUAAGACUCAUUUGAGAUUGUGCUUCCUCUUUUCUCACUGCAUCCUGUUACGCUGUGGUUUUUACAUUAAAAAACAAUUGGACAUGCUGAAUCACUUCGAGCGUGAAUAUCAUCUCGCGUCAUGAGCUUAGAAUGAACCUUUUUACUGCCGGGGGAGCACAUUGGGUUUAAAUACAGAAGCAUACCCUAUCCCUAUGAGAAAAGGGAAUGUAUUCAACUCGUGAUGUAUUGUGAUAUAUACUAGAAUACUGGUUAGUUGUUAUUAUUUUGUUUAUGUCGACCAAACCUUGAUGAACUUUCAUUCAAUUAUUUUACAUUUCAUUCAGCUUAUGCUUUUAUCCAAAGCCACUUACAAUAAUACACCAAAGACUACGACGAACAAUUUGGGGUUAAAUGUCUUGCUCAAGGACGCCUCAACAUAGGUUUGAACCGCAGCUCCUCUAAUUGAAGGACGGACCUGCUAGCCACUGAGCCAGACGUGAACCUGGAAAAUAAUUCUUUGAAGAAAUCUGUAAUUUGUCAGUGUCUUUCAAAACAGCCCAUGUGACCAAUCCAAAAUGUCAGCAGGUCAUCUGAUUCUUUUUUUACGUGUACAUGCCAGGAAGACAGGAUUUAGCAAAAGAAGAAAAAAGAGGAUGUUUACAUGUGAGGAAAUGAAACAAAACAUGCACCAACCAACUCAAUCCAACAGUGCCUCUCUUCUUUCAUUUGGCUCAGUGCAAUACACAAUUGUAUUGUUGAAACAGUUCAAGUCCGAAGGAUGUCAUGACACACUAACUAUUACCCAGGAAAUAACACAAGCCGGGGAAACCUUUUUCCUUCUUACUUAUGUUGCUUAUCUUUCAGAAAAGACUGUUCGUAAUGUUGUUUUUUCAAUUUCAUUUGGAGUGUUAGACCCUCUUGGACCUUUGAAUGCAUUCUCAUGUCUCUCAUAUCCUGCAUAUUAAACAGAACUCCUCAACAUG